AAAGACGCCGAACGCCGCCGCAGACAUUAAACGAGUUAAUAAGAGUUAUACGCUCACAAUAUUUUAUAUACCAUACAUUUGAAAAUGAAGCUUGCUAGACAGCUUCGAAUUAUUUUUGGAACUUGAAAUUUGAUUUAGCUAAGCUGUAUACGGAAAUAAAUGAAGAGAGAAGAUAAAAAUAUAAAUAUAUAUUAUUUUUCGCCUGACAAAUUACGUAAUACAAUUUAUAAACGAAAUGUGAACGAGAAAAGCGCCAAGAUAAAUUCAGUUAACAACACGAAUCGAUCGACGGACGACACACGAGCAUUUCGAAAACAAAUUCGGCCAGAACCACACCAAGCUAAUUUAUUAUAGAAGGAGAAGCACUCAUGGGAAUUUAUAUCUGUUAAUGGAAUUAAAAAAAAGCCACUAAAUCUAAAUUUUAAAUAGACACUUAUUUAUUAUCGUCCAAUAUAAUUGUCAACAAUGGUGGAUUAAAAAUGUCAACAACUAAUCAUGACAAUAGUCCACGGUCGUCGUCGGUUAAAAGUGCUCCUAACGAAAUUGAAAUUGAACCGGGUGGUGCUGCGGGUGCGAAAACGACUACGAGUACGGAGGAAACUCUGAUCAAAAAGUGCAAAAGUGAAUUAGAUCUGGUUAAGAAUAAGAGCAAUUUGUUUUUUAUAAAAUCCUAUAGUUUCAUUGAUAAAACAUCGAAGUGUAAGAAUCAGCAAAAUAGUGACGUGUCAAAUCUCACCGAGUUGUCAAAAAUGAUAUCGAAACCGGGUAUAAGCGAAACGGAAACGGCAACGGGAGCGGAUUUGAAUUAUGACGAUUCGUUGUUGUUGAGAAGAAAGAGUGUUGGUAAUAAUAGUGAAAAACAAGUGCGCCCAAAAUCACUGCCAUCAACGGGAAAUGUCAAACGUGAGUCUUUUUUGAAACAAAGCUUUCAGAGCAUUCGAAGGAGUUUUAGAAAAAAACCACCAACGUCGUCGUCCUCGGUGGUCUAUAGUGGUGUGGGAAGUGUAAUGAGUUCGUCUUCAAGUGGUGGCAGUGAGAGAACUAAUUGUGAGAGUGAUUUUGAAGUUGUCGAAGUGAAUGGAGGUAAUGUUAGAACUCGCAGUCACCUGGGCGAUUUGCAAGAGGAAGAAGAUGAGUCGCGGACAUCGAAAGGUAGCAGUUUUCGAGGAAAUAAGAUGGCGGUUAAGAGAUCGACAAGCAGCGUUAGCACUCUUUCACACUCAGCACCUGGAUCUCCUAUGGCACCAUUGCAAGGACACUCUGAAACUCAAAGUGUAAACUGUUUAAAUAAUAUUGGAAAAAAUAAUUCUAGUCCCUACACAAUAACACAAUCGAGUAGCACAAUUCCGUUCACAAUUGGAUCAAAAGGGGAUAAUAAAGCGUUAAGGCAAACUAAUUCAACACCAUUGCCCCUGGUGUCAUCUUCAGCAAAUCUUCGAAGUCUUAGUCCACACUCUAAAGUCACCAUCGUGUCGAAAAAUGAAGUUCCAGAAAAAGAAAAAAAGAGAAAAGAGGUAUCCAGCUCGAGAUUGAAGAAAUUCCAUCGUCACUUCACACAAGUCUCUAAAGACGAACGAGUUAUAAACUAUUUCUCAUGUGCAUUAGUCAGUGAUAUUCUAUUGCAAGGACAUCUUUACAUUACUGAUCAUCAUUUUGCAUUUUAUUCGAAUGUUUUCGGUUAUGUGACGAAGGUCGUCAUUCCAACAUCAUCAGUUACUAAAAUAUCUAAAGAAAAAGUAGCAAAAAUUAUUCCUAAUGCCGUUGGAGUGGCCACUGCUGAUGAGCGCCAUGUUUUCGGAAGUUUCCUUAGCCGAGAAUCUGCGUUUCGAUUAAUGUGCAGCGUAUGUCCGACAGAAACACCAGCUCCAUUGAUUCCAAAAGCCCUUCCCGACGUAGAGAUAUCUGAAGAGUACUCGAUUGAGGAUGAUAGUAGUUGUUCAAUCAGUGGUAAUGAAAGUCCACCACAGAUCCUAACUGCUGGCAGGACUGCUACCGCUUCGGAGCCUAGCCACACCUUGUUGCGUCGAAAUACCGGCGGGAAGGGCACUCGAUCAGAUUCCCCAAAUGCCAAAAACUCUUCCAACGCCACCGGGGGCUCAACUCGUACAGCACCGCCAUCAAUUCCAAGCACAAACUCAACGUCCACAACAUCAACAACAAGUAAAGCCCAACAAGCAUCUUCUUCUUCAACAGCUUCUUGUGCUUCGUCUAGCUCAUCACUACCUACGACAACCUUAGUUGGUGUUGGUAGUGUUGUUGUCGGUCCAUCAUCAACUAUCAUAACAUCAACUUCCUCAACCUCAUCUGCAUCAUCUAUUGGUAAUGGUCCAACAUCAUCCUCCUCAUCUUCACCCAAUACUGUGGUGUUUUCUCCAUCGACUGCAUUCAAAGCAUUUUCACAGAGCGCAAUUGUACGUUUGAAAUUUCCCACAGAAUUCAAUGUAGUUUAUCUGGGCGUUGUGCUGUCUCUUAUUUUGGCCAUUUUCUCGGGAUUCCUACUUUAUAGAAUAAUGGAUAUUGAGGCCAAAACUAGUUUAUAUCGAUCAACAGUAGAAUUUAAUUGGGGAUCUGGAAAUGAUGCUGAUGUUUUCGCUGAAGCUCUUCGAUGGCAAAAGGAACUGCAAUCGAAGAGCACUGAAGAAGCUCAGAAUAUACUGCACUCAAAUUUGCAACAGAUUGCCAAGGUCCGAAGAAGCUUAGAAACCCUCUCAAUGUUAAUCCAUGACAGAAGUUCGUCCUCCGCUAGCAAGUCUGAAGGGAACGUGGACCGAGAUGACACUGACUGAAAUAGCUAAAAGCUAAUUUAAUCUUAGUAUAAAUGCAAAUAAAAAAUCAGCAACCAACUUAGUAAAUAAUUUAAGCAAAAAAAUUAGUUUAAAACAAAAAUACUUAUCUACAAAAAAUAUUCGUAAAUGAUUAAAACAAAAAUAUUCUUGCAGCAUUUUCGCUUUAAAACAAUCAAUUUAAAUCAGAAUUAUGCUUAAACUCUAUAGAGACAGAUAUUAAAAAAUAAUAAUAUUAUAUUAUUAUUAUAUCCAUGUAUAAAUUAUAACAUAAUUAAAAAGAAGAAACAAAUUUCCUCUGUAAACAUAGGAAGAAAUGAAGAUGAGUAAAAACUCUAUGAUUAUGCUAAAAGUAAUUUUGUUGUGAAUAAUUCGAACAAAUAAAAACUUUAAAAUUUAAUCUUUAAACAAUUAUGUAUAAUGUAAUUGAAAUUAUUCAAUCUUUUCCUAGCAUUUAAAUAUAAAUCAAAAUCAUUAUAAAAUGAAUGUCCUAAUGGCAAACGAUGAAUGUGGAUUCGUAGUUUAAAUGGAUAAAUAUUUGUAUGCUUUUCGUUUAAAACUUCCCCAAGCGUAAUUUUAGUAUAUUGUGAAUCUUUAAACUUGUAUGUUAUUAUUUUGUUUCUUUUUACUUUUGUAUUUUUCCCAAGAGAAAAUAAGUAAUAAUGGAAUUAUUGCUGGGAUAUUGUGCAAUUUCAAGUUUAUACAUUUAUUUUUAUUUGAUCGCGCAAUUUUGUUUAUGAAAAAGAACAUAUUUUGGAAGAAUGAAAAGAAAAAGAAAAAUGUAGUAAAAACGCUGCCCCGUGUUUAUAUUGUGAUAUUAAGAAAUAAUAAAAAGUAUGAUUUUCGUUCUUGUUUCUUUACAAAGUAAACAUACAA